AUGGCGAAACCAACCCAGCUCAAAGAAGAGGGCAACCGCCGCUUCCAGGCCGGCGACUACGUGAUGGCCGAAGCCCUCUAUUCCCAAGCCCUAAUCGCCGACCCCUCAAACCCAGCCCUCUACACCAACCGCGCCAUGGCCCGCCUCAAGCUAUCCCAAUGGGACAGCGCCGUAGCCGACUGCACCGCCUGCCUAGCCCUCGCCCCGAGCAACAUCAAAGCACACUACUCGCUCUCCCAAGCCCAUCUCGCCCUGCGCGCCUACGACGACGCCGUCACCCACGCCCUCGAGGCGCAUGCGCUAAGCGCCAAGGCCGCAGACAAGAGCCUGGGGACCAUCACGGCGCAUGUGUUAAAGUGCAAGAAGGAGCGGUGGGAUGAUGCCGAGAAGCGGCGGGUCCGGGAGGUGAGCGCGUUGGAGAGGGAGGUGAUGGAGCUGUUGAGGCGGGAGAGGGAAGUUGCGGUGCGAGAGGCGGGCGGUGAUGGGUUGGGAGGAGAUGCGCUGCAGCGUGAGGUCGAUGAGGAGUGGGAGGAUAAGAUGCUCAAGAUGCGCGAGGUGUUUGAGAAGGCGCGGCCGGUGGAAGAACAAAAGCGAAGGGAAGUGCCGGACUGGGCGAUCGACGAUAUCAGCUUCGGCGUCAUGGUUGAUCCCGUAAUCACAAAAACAGGCAAAUCUUACGAGCGCGCCUCCAUAGUUGAGCACCUCCGUCGACAACCCACCGACCCCUUAACCCGCGAACCGUUAUAUGCGGCUGAACUACGGCCCAACCUAGACCUCAAGCAAGCGUGUGAGGAAUUCUUGGAGGAGAACGGGUGGGCUGCAGAUUGGUAA